UUUAAUUUUAGUCAAACAAACAAAAAAAACUGUAAGGUUUAUCAAGAAAGAGGAAAGAACCAUAAAGUUCCCUCCAAAAACAAAAAAGUGCCUCCCCUAAACCUUUUGAAGUUGAACCGAAUCGAUCACUUUCAUCAUCAUAAUCACAAUUCAAUACAAAAUUUAAUACUCUCUGUUCCUUCAAUUUCAAUACACCGUACGAUCAAUGAAGUGCCUUUUCUUUAAAUCCCUAAAUUCCAAUCACUCUCACUUCCCUCAAUAUUCCCAUAACCGUCCUUUACGCCUUGCCGAUAUUCUCGCCACCGAAGACGACGCCGCCGCCGUUAACUCCAUGGACGCCGUUCAUAAAAAACCGCCAUAUCUUUCUCAUCGUUCCACCAAAUGCUUUUCGCCUCGGCGAAUUCUUGGUUCUUUUCUGGCGGCGCUGCGGCCAAAUAAAGAUCGACGAAUUCUGAAAAGCCGAGAGAAGUUGCCGUCCACGCCGAUAACGAUUGAAUUAAAAGGCAACGAAGAGGAAUCAAGACAGUUAAAUUGGAAUGAUACAUCUUUUAAGCUAGGAGUUGGUUGUGGAUUGCUAUAUGUGAUUGCAGCAACUAAAAAUGAGCUUAGCAAGAUGGUUGAGCUGCGGAAAGAAAUGGGAAUAAUCCUUCAAAAUAUGAAAGGUGAACUUCAAAGUAAAGACGUACUUCUUAACCGAUUGAAAGAAUGUGAUGAUGCUCUUGCUGAAGUUUCUGUUACUGAUUUUCAAGAAGUUUCCUGCUCUAACAGUCACCUUUCGGUUGGUUCGGAGAAAUCAUGUUGUCAGGCGGAGUUGAAAGGGAAUACUGGUUGUGAUGGUUUUCUAGACUAUGAUAUUCGCGAACAAGGUGAAUGUGCAGAAGAGAUUAAUGAGCUUCAGGCGGAAUUUGAAUAUGAGUUGCAACGGUUGCAGGUGUAUUUGGAUGGAGAAGCUGCAUUUGAAGAGGCACAGCAAGAAAGAGUUGAGGUUGUUGUUAAAGACUCUAGUUCAAAGAGCGAGAGUUCGAGUUUUGGUGAAAUAAUAAUGGAACGUCAAGAAGCAAGUUAUGAUACUUCAGUUGGAGUCUCUCCGGUUGAAUUGGAGAGAAGGUUGCAUGAACUACUUGAAGCAAGGCUUCAAGAACGUAUAAUAGAGCUGGAGUCUGCGUUAGAAUAUGCCACGCAAAAGCUCAAUGAGAAGGAUAAUAGGAGUAUUUGGUGGGAAGACAUGGCAAGACAUAUCCCGUACCAUGUUCCUGAAACUUCUCGAUUUACUUUUCCACUCGAUCCGGAGGCUGCUUUGAAGUUUAAUGAAGUUGUAGGAUAGCAUUUAAAAAUGUGAAUUUGACUAAGGCACCCAAAUAUUAUUGCUGCCUCUGUGGUUUAAUGAUAUUGCUUCUUUUUAUAGAUUCAAAUUGUUUUGUUA